UUUUGUCUUUUAUUUUUUGGAAAUUAAAGACGCAAUUGAAGUGCAAGAAAAGUGUAUGACCCCACGACCGUCUUCUCCUAGCCCACUCCCUCCUUCCCUACCUCUCUCUUUUACUCUCUCUCCUCUCUCUAGAAUCCCCGUAUUUUUCUCUCACACCCCACACGACUUGAUCCCCACUCUGCUCCUCCGUUAACUUCAAUAUAGCUCCCAUUUCGCUAUUCAAAACAGAAAGAGAGAGAUAGAGAUCGAAAUUGUGCUUUCAAGGCUCUUGAAGCUCUGAGUUACUGGAGAUGUGGUGAUGGCCAGCACUGUGCCAUACAGGAACGGAAGUCAAAAGGGCGCUUUGAACUCGAAUCCCAAGUCUGCUCUCAAAUCAAAGCCCUCCCCUGCCGCCUCCGGCCCCCGCCGCAACAGCACCGGCACAUUCGCCGCCGCCCCCUCCCCCGGCAAGGACAACCCAGGAAUUUCUGGGAGAGUUAGAGUUGCUGUAAGAUUGCGGCCACGAAAUGCAGAGGAGUUGGUGGCCGAUGCUGAUUUUGCUGAUUGUGUAGAAUUGCAGCCAGAGCUGAAAAGGUUAAAGCUUCGUAGAAACAAUUGGGAUUCAGAUACCUAUGAGUUCGAUGAAGUGCUUACGGAAUUUGCUUCACAAAAGCGUGUAUAUGAAGUUGUGGCAAAGCCUGUGGUCGAAAGUGUUUUAGAUGGUUACAAUGGGACAGUCAUGGCAUAUGGGCAGACUGGCACUGGCAAAACUUAUACAUUGGGGCGACUUGGUGAAGAAGACACAGCUGAUCGUGGAAUUAUGGUGCGUGCAAUGGAGGAUAUUUUAGCAGAAAUUUCCCCAGAGAUCGACUCUGUCUCUGUAUCCUAUUCACAGCUUUAUAUGGAGACCAUACAGGACCUUCUUGAUCCUGCUAAUGAUAACAUAUCCAUCAUGGAAGAUCCCAAAACAGGAGACGUUUCGCUGCCCGGGGCUACCCAUGUAGAAGUAAGGAACCAGCAUAGUUUUGUGGAUCUUCUACGAUUAGGGGAAGCUCACCGCUUUGCUGCUAACACAAAAUUGAAUACAGAAUCUUCUCGUAGUCAUGCCAUUCUAAUGGUACAUGUUAGGAGGUCAGUCAAAGGGAAAGAUUCGGCUCUUCCUAGUGAAAAUGGUAACACAUCAAACAUGCUUAAAACUUUAAAGCCUCCCAUUGUUCGGAAAGGGAAGCUUGUUGUGGUAGAUCUUGCAGGUUCUGAACGAAUUGACAAGUCAGGAAGUGAGGGACAUACUUUAGAGGAAGCUAAAUCUAUCAAUCUGUCAUUGAGUGCUCUAGGGAAAUGUAUUAAUGCGCUGGCAGAAAAUAGUGCCCAUGUUCCAGUACGUGAUUCUAAGCUUACAAGAUUGCUUCGUGAUUCAUUUGGAGGUACCGCAAGAACUUCACUAGUUGUCACUAUUGGUCCCUCCUCACGCCAUCGAGGAGAGACAGCGAGCACCAUAAUGUUUGGGCAAAGAGCUAUGAAAGUGGAGAAUAUGUUGAAGAUAAAGGAAGAGUUUGAUUACAAGAGUUUGUCCAGAAAGCUUGACAUACAGUUGGACAAACUUAUUGUGGAGAAUGAGAGGCAGCAAAAAGCAUUCCAGGAUGAGAUUGAAAGAAUAACUAUUCAAGCACAGAAACAUAUCUCUGAGACUGAAAGAAACUAUGCUGAUGCUUUGGAGAAGGAAAAAUUGAAAUAUCAGGAAGACUAUAUGGAAUCAUUGAAGAAGCUUGAGGAGCAAUGGGCAAAAGAGCAACAAAAACACAGCGCUGGGAAAACCAGAAUAGAACUCAAAGAUGAUGGCCUAGUCAAGACACCUAGGGAAGAGAGUCUUGCCGUGUCCUCUGUUGAGGAAGUUGUUGAGGUUAAAAGGUUGCUUCAAGAGGAAACUCGUCUUAGGAAGUCUGCAGAAGAGGAAGUCAGUAAUCUUAGGAAUCAACUAAUGCGAUGGAAAAGGUCAGAGGCAGCAGGGAAUUCUGAGAUCUCAAAGCUCCGCAAGUUGCUGGAGGAUGAGGCACAUCAGAAACAGAAGCUUGAAGAAGAAAUAGCUGAACUACAUAAUCAACUAUUGCAAAUAAGUUUUGAAGCUGAUGAGACAAGGAGAAGAUUAGAUGGAGGUGUAGCCGGGAAUGUUCCCAGUGGUCUAGAUUCUCUCAUUUCUCAAGUUAGGCAUUCGCAGCUGAGAGAUUCAGGGGAUGGGGAGAAGGUCUCGAUGGCAAAACUAUUUGAACAAGUGGGAUUGCAUAAGAUUUUGACGUUGCUUGAAGCUGAUGAUGCUGAUGUACGAAUUCAUGCGGUAAAAGUUGUGGCAAAUCUAGCUGCCGAAGAAGCAAAUCAAGAAAAGAUUGUAGAAGCCGGAGGUCUGACAUCCUUGUUGAUGCUUCUUAAAACUACUGAGGAUGAGACUGUUCACAGAGUUGCCGCUGGUGCAAUUGCAAAUCUUGCAAUGAAUGAAUCCAACCAGGAGCUUAUAAUGGCACAAGAGGGCAUCAGGUUGUUGUCUAUGACCGCAGCGAAUGCUGAGGAUCCUCAAACCCUUCGCAUGGUUGCUGGAGCCAUAGCCAAUUUAUGUGGCAAUGAUAAGUUGCAGAUGAAGCUGAGAGCUGAAGGUGGUAUUAAGGCAUUACUAGGAAUGGUGAGAUGCAGGCAUCCUGACGUGCUUGCUCAAGUUGCCCGUGGCAUUGCAAACUUUGCAAAAUGCGAGUCCCGGACACCUAGUCAAGGGAAUAAAAGGUCACUUCUGAUUGAAGAUGGUGCACUCCCAUGGAUUGUUCAAAAUGCAAACAGUGAAGCCUCACCAAUCAGGCGCCACAUUGAGCUUGCACUCUGCCAUUUAGCUCAACGCGAAAUAAAUGCCAAGGACAUGAUUAGCGGAGGUGCCUUGUGGGAGCUUGUCCGCAUCUCUAGAGACUGUUCGAGAGAUGACAUAAGAUCUCUUGCUCACCGGACGCUAACUUCAACCCCUACUUUCCAGGCCGAAUUAAAGCGGCUGAGGAUAGGUUAUGGGUGAAGAUGUGUGGGACAACAGAACCGUUGGGAGACAAGAUUAUCACAUUUAGUAGGCUGGGCUUGAGUUUGUGUUCAAUCUUGUAGCUUAUGUGAAGCAGUUAUUCUUAAUCAUAUUUAUUUCUCUAUUGUUAAUCCAUUUUUUUCGAAUGGUUAGUUUUCCCUCUGUAGCUUUCCCCCUGGUCAACUUGUGCUAAUGUAUAAAUUGAUUGGUAAAUGUUAAUGAAACAUAGCAAAGGAAAACAAAGUCAUAAUUCCCCUUCAA